UUCCGUUACCGCGCUGCCAUCGUGGUGGAGGAUGACUUAGAAGUUGCUCCGGAUUUCUUUGAGUAUUUCCAAGCGGCAUUCCCGCUGCUCCUGGCCGACCGCAGCCUCUGGUGCGUGUCCGCUUGGAAUGACAACGGGAAGGAGCAAAUGGUGGAUGUUGGACAAGCUGAACUGCUUUACAGGACUGAUUUCUUUCCCGGCCUUGGUUGGUUGCUUUUAGCGGAGCUUUGGGAUGAACUUGAACCCAAAUGGCCACGAGCUUUUUGGGACGAUUGGACGCCGGAGCAGCGCCGGGAUCGCUCCUGCGUCCGGCCCGAGGUGUCCCGUACGAUGACGUUCGGCCGCAAAGGCGUGAGCCAUGGGCAGUUCUUUGACCAGUAUUUAAAAUUCAUCAAACUCAACGACCGUUUCGUGCCUUUUACCCAACUGGAUCUUUCUUACCUCAAAAAGGACGAGUACGAACGUUCCUUCCUCCCUAAGGUUUACUCCGCUCCGGAGGUGAGGGUGGAAGAGCUCCAGGGGAACCGGCGCCGGGAGCUGGGCACCGUCCGCCUCCAGUACAGCGGCCGUGACUCCUUCAAAGCCUUCGCCAAAGCUUUGGGGCUGAUGGACGAUCUCAAGUCUGGCGUCCCCCGCGCCGGCUACCGCGGCAUCGUCAGCUUCGUCUACAGGGGACGGCGCGUUUACCUGGCGCCCCCCUCGGACUGGACGGGAUACGAUCCCAGCUGGAGUUAG